CUCCACUCACUGACGCUUCUCUGUUUCCUUCUUCCAUGGCUGCUGCUUCGUUCACUUGCUCGCUUCUUUGUUCUCCAGUAACCAAAUCAUUCACGCGAUUGAAGCUAUUGAAUCCGAAUUCGCUUCCACGCUCGGCCUACGGUUCCAGGAGCGUUGUAAUCAGGUCCUUGGCGGUCCAGGAAGAUGACAAGAGAACGAGCGAUGAAGCAAUGAGCAUUGACAAUUUACGCGGAUUUGUCGACCUUAACGUCGGAAAAUGGACUGGGUCCUUUCAUCAAUUUGAUGGGAAUGGGAAUUUGUUGCAUAAGAUUGAUACGCGGCUUUCUGCUAGUUCAUAUGGAGAAGAUGAGCUCAUUAGCCUUAAUCAAUCGUUAUAUAUAAAGCAGCCAACAUCGGCCACUUCAGUUGCUGAAGAGGAAGAUGAGGAACCGGAAUGGGUAGAAUACAAAAUCAAAGAAACCAAUAUGUUCACUGUGGACAAAUAUCAACAGAUUGGAUUUUUCCCCAAGGAGAGAGCAUUUUCACUGAGGUAUCAAACAGCUGGAAUGUUGGACACGACCUUAAGGCAAGGCGUUCUCGGGGAAGAUGACACUGGAGAAGAAUCACCAAGAUUCCUUAAACUUCCAUCUCGGCGUCCUUCUUUAGUAUGUGAGAACUGCUUGUAUUCUAAGGAGAUGGAUAGAAGAGCUAGAGCCUUUCACAUCAUGGAUCCCAAAGGCGUUCUUGAUAUGCUUAUUGUUUUCCUCGAGGAAAGAGGUGCAGAGAAUCUCACUCAUCCUGUCCUCGACAAUCCUCAGGAUGAUGCAGAGAGAAUCACCCCAUUUCUCGGUACUUGGAAAGGUCGUUCAAAAACGAAACGAAGCGGUGUCUAUGGAGCAACGUUAUCUGAAGCCGAUACUGUCGCAGUGCUUGACAUGAAUGACAAAGGUCACGUAGUCCAGGAUAUUUCCUCGACGUCUGAUGCGAAAAACGUUACAACGAAAGUGCAUUGGGUGGGUAAAAUGUCUAAGAACUUGGUCACAUUCGAGGAAGGAUAUCAAAUGACUCUGUUACCAGGAGGUAUGUACAUGGGAUUUCCCUGUGACGUAGCGAAGAGUGUUGCCGAGUUAAAGUCUUUCCAUUUGGAAUUCUGCUGGCUUGAAUCGUCGUUCUCAAGGCAGAGACUCGUACGCACAUAUGACCAUGAAGGUUUGGCUGUCUCAUCAACCUAUUUUUAUGAGAUGAAAGUGUGAGUUUCUUUUAUUUGUUGGCCACACUAAUGAUCACUUUAUGUUCUUGUUAUGUGUCUGAGAUUUAUGUAUAACAUCAAUACUAAAUGAGACGGAUCUUUGAACUCGUGAUCUUUAAUUUAAAUUGUUGAGAACUUUGGGUUGUUGCCUUGAA